AUGUAUUAUGAAGCAUUUAUAAAUAAAUCUUUUUCAGAACGAAAUGAAUAUGAUCAAUUAUGGUCGAUUAUGGAAUAUUGUGGUGCAGAAUCAAUAAGUGAUUUACUUAAAUCAACAAAAGGAAAUUCAUUAACAGAAGAAUGGAUAUCCUAUAUUAGUAAAGAAAUUUCAAAUGGUUUAAAUUAUCUUCAUUCAAAUAAAAUUAUUCAUAGAGAUAUUAAAGAACAGAAUGUUUUGUUAAAUGCAAAUGCUGGAGUUAAAUUAGUUGAUUUUGGUGUAUCAGCUCAAUUAGAUCAAACAAUUGGACGAAGAAAUACUUUUAUUGGAACGCCUUAUUGGAUGAUACCUGACGUUAUUGCUUGUGAUGAAAAUCGUCAAGCAACAUAUGAUAAUAGAGUAUUUUUUUGUUUAUUAUUAUUUUAUAUAAAUAAAUUGUUUGUAAAUAGAACAAUAUAUGAUCAUUAG